AUGGGUUCUCUGUUUCUCUACCUGCUCAGGGAGCUGUUCCCGGGCAACAAGUUCCAGUUUAAGUCGGACGGUGACGUCUAUACGCUGGUGAUAGACAAGCCGCGCGUGGAGGACUCGGGCAAAUACACGCUGGACCUGGGUGGCGUGCAGUCGACCGCCUUCCUCACCGUCGAGCCGCCUGAUCCGAACUUCAAGUUCGUGAGGAACCUACAGAGGUACAUUGACGGCUACCUGAAGGAGGACGUCUCGCUCGAGUGUCAGGUCAACUCGCACAAGGCCAUUGUGCACUGGUACCACGGCGACACCCAGGCCGAGGAGAGCGAGCACUACACCAUCGGCAAGGACAUGAUGGGCAUCUGCCGGCUGACCAUCCAGCGGCCGGUGAGGUUCCGCAAGAAGCUGAAGCCGAUGAACCACACGGAAAAGGACAAGAUCAUCAUGGAGGUGGAGACGGACUACCCGGAUGCCGAGGUCAAGUGGUUCAAGGGUGACGAAGAGAUUAAGCCAGACGGCAAACACGUGAAGAUCAUGUCUGAAGGCAGGAAGCACCAGCUGGUGAUCAAAUCGGCGAAGCUGGUGGACGCCGGCGAGUUCACCGCCAAGUCCAACUCUGACUCCACGUCCGCGCCUCUGAACGUGUCCUAUCUGAACAAGUACAUCAAGGGUCUGGGAGACGUGGAGGGUGUGGAGCGAGAGAAGGUGGUGCUGGAAGUGGAGCUAGCCGACCACACUGCCCCCUGCAGCUGGUUCUUCGGCGAGAAAAUGAUCGAACCAAAUGAGAGGAUUGAGAUCAAGAAUCUGGGCGGCGGCAAGCACCAGCUGAUCAUCAACUCAGCUGAGCUUGAAGACGAGGGUGACUACUUCUGCAAGUCUGGCCGUCUGGAGUCCCAGGGGCACCUGACCGUCAUCAAGGGCGAGAGCAAGCCCAAGAUCAAGUUCGACGGACCCGUUGUCGGUCCUGUGAGCAAGCCUCUCACGUUUGAAGUGCCCUACAAAGUGAGUGGAAAGAAACAGACCGAGAUGCAGGCGAAGCUGUUCCGCAACGGCAAGCCGCUGUCGUCCAAGGACGUGGAGAUCGUCAUCAAGGACAAGGUGGUGCAGUACAAGAUCAAAAAGCCGUCGCGCGACCAGACAGGCGACUACGAGAUCAAACUGUCCAACGGUCAGGGCGAGGAAACCAAGAAGGUGUUCAUCAACAUGCAAGGCGGAUGGGACCUGGUCGGAGAGACGACCCCCGACACGCUGACCUACAAGUGCGAGGACCUGAUCCCCAAGAGGAAGUACAGGUUCCGCGUGAAGGCGGUCAACAAGCUUGGAGAAUCGGAGCCGGGCAUGUCCAAGGCGGAGAUUCUGGCCAAGGACCCAUGGGACGAGCCUGGCAAGCCCGGGAACGUGGAGCUGACCGACUGGGACAAGGACCACGCUGACCUGAAGUGGACCAAGCCGGAGAGCGACGGCGGUGCCCCCAUCACGGGCUAUGUGAUCGAAUUCAAGGUCGGUCGGUCGCUCGCUUCCUACCACUGUCGGCAUUUGAGAGCCUAA